UUAAAGCACUAUUCAUUAUCGUUUUAAACAUUAUUAGGAUUAUUAAUUAAGACAGAAACUAAAUUAGUAAACGCCAACGCGGAGUGAAGUGGAAGGCGAGCAGUGGGCAGCAGACAGGCAUUGGUCCGAUUGGGACUGGGACUGGGACUGGGAUUGAGAUUGACUAGGGUUUUCUCGUCUUCUAUUGAAGUUUUCUUCUACCGCUUUGCUUGUUAGUCUUCUAUUUCUGCACUGCUGUGCUGAUGUUAUAUCCUAUUCUUCUUUGGUUGCUUCAAAGUUUCACAGUAAUUGCUGCCUGGUACACCAUAAUCAUAUCAUGCAAUGCAGAAUGGAGAGAAUAUAAUUAAAGAAGAAGAAAAAGAUGGAAACUUCUGUAAAUUGUCCCUUUUGUCAUCUAACCCUUCCUCCGUCACAACUUGAAAGCAGGCAUGCCAACAGCCACUUUGACGAGGAUGAUGGUGUUGCUGAAAAGGAUGAGCAACUUGCAAGGGACCUGGAGUUGGCCCAACAACUUUCUAUUCCGCCCCCUUCUUCUACAUUCACACUCCAAGAGAACAACACUAUGGAUGAAAAGAUUUCUUGUUUGAUUUCUUUGCAGUAUAGGAGCUCCUUUUACCAUGUCAAAUUCCCUGGUGGUUUGAUCUCCUUGUUGUCCAACUGUUUCGAAUUAGAUGCUGAUACCAACACCACUGUCUUAUUGUCUGGAUAUGUUGACCAUUUUCAGAGCUUGGCUUCUGAAGAUGCUGGCUGGGGUUGUGGUUGGCGUAAUAUCCAAAUGCUUAGCUCCCAUUUGCUUUCCCAUAGACAUGAUGCCAGUGAGCUUUUGUUCGGUGGCUCUGGUUUUGUCCCUGACAUUCCGUUUCUUCAGAGAUGGCUUGAGAUUGCCUGGGAAAAAGGUUUUGAUGCCCUUGGCUCUCAUCAUUUCAACAAUUCUGUCUAUGGUUCUAAACAUUGGAUUGGAACUACUGAAUGUGCUGCCAUUUUUCGCUCUUUUGGUCUUCGUGCUAGGAUUGUAGAUUUUGGCCCUAAGGAAUUGCAAAGCUUUUUUCUUUCCGUUCCUGGUACCAGUCUUAACCCACCUGUUGUGACAGCCAAUGCUAGUGACAAGAGAAAAGCCUUUCAGGUUUAUGGACCCAUGGAUAGAUAUUUGGUGGGACGAAAUACUGAUGUUUCACAGCUAGACUCCAUUGUGAAUGACCAGUCUCAGUCCUCUACCAAUUACGUGGCUGGUGGAAGUGAUCAUUCUAUGGCAACUAGAUUUCCGAGGAAGAAAGAGGGUCAUCAGGUUCUCCUCGACUGGGUUUGGAAUUAUUUUUCAGAGGAAAGCUUAACCACAUCUGUCCAAAAUCGGCAUGUUGUCAUCACCAACAGAGUACCCUUGUACUUCCAACAUGAUGGUCACUCAAGAACUAUUGUUGGGAUUCAAUUCAGACGUCAACAGAAUGGAGUGCCGCAGUACAACCUCUUAAUUUUGGACCCUGCUCAUAGAACUGUAGCUCUAGAAAGAUCACUUAGAGAAAAUGCUGGAUGGAAGAAGCUAAUAAAAAGAGGAGCUCACACAUUGAAGAAGCCCCAAUACCAGUUGUGCUACAUUGAUCCUGGAAUAGCAAUUGGAGAGGAGAUGGAGCAGCUCAAGAAAAUAGAUAGUGUCUUCAUUGAAUUUUAGAAGAAUAUUUUGAAGUUUUGUGCCUCUCUUUUAUCCUUGUCCAUUGGUAAUUAAAUCUCAUCCUUCUCUCUUUGAUGAUGAAAAUGAAAACAUUUGCAUCAACAUCAUGCUUUGACUUGUAUUUAGUAUAAACUGUUCACGCAGCAAAGUGACUUAAAAUGUAUUUAGGAUAUAUUGUUCACGCAGUAAAGUGACUUGUGUGAUGGAAGGGGAAUAUCAAUUUUCUGUCGAGUUCUGGAA